AUGACAGCGGCUCCGGCCUCCCCGCAGCAGAUCAGGGACCGGCUGCUGCAGGCCAUCGACCCCCAGAGCAACAUCCAUAACAUGGUGGCAGUGCUGGAAGUUAUCUCCAGCUUGGAGAAAUAUCCCAUUACCAAAGAGGCACUUGAGGAAACAAGGCUAGGAAAACUCAUCAAUGAUGUAAGGAAGAAGACGAAAAAUGAAGAACUUGCCAAACGGGCCAAGAAAUUGUUGCGGAGUUGGCAAAAGUUAAUUGAACCUGUGACCCAGAAUGAACCAGUGCCAAGGGGAUUGCCGAACCCACCAGGGUCAGCAAAUGGAGGUGCUCACAACUGUAGACCGGAUGUGUCACCUGCUACGGUUCCUGGGUCCAAACCUAUUCAUGAGUUGAAAAAUAGAAAUGACAUUCAAAAGUUGAACUCCCCGAAAACAGAGAAACUGGGAAAUAGAAAAAGAAAAGGAGAACACCGUGACGGACAUCAAGGCCCUCCUUCCAAAGUUUCCAAAGCUAGCCAUGAACUGUUACAAAAUUCUUCUCCCCUUCCAACUAAUGGGAUUGGGGGGAGCCCUGAAAAUUUCCCCAGCCCUCUUGAUGUCAACCUGCACACAGGGCCUGAAAGCAGCAGGACAGAACACAGUGAGAAUGAUAAACACAAUAAGAUACCAGUUAAUGCCGUCAAACCUCACACGAGUUCUCCCGGACUUGUAAAACCUUCCAGCACUUCCUCACAGCUAAAGACUACAGUGCUUCAGCACCAUGAAAAGCCGGAAGAACCUACAGGGCAGCACCAACCUAAGAGUCCCCGCUGUUCAUUUAGUCCUAGCAACCUAAGGCAUGAGCCAUUUGUCCGGCAGCAUCCCACAUAUGCACCAAAGGGUUCUCUGCCUAGUCCAUCUCAAAGGCCCCACUUCUUAGAUGCUACGCAGGCUUCGUCACCCUCUUCACGAGCACCAUCGCUGAUGCAGCCCUCAACGCCUCCAGUACCUGCAAAAAGACCGGAGGCUUCCCAUCAGACUGGAGUGGAGGUUUCUCAGCACUGGCAGGAACAUACGUCUUCUGAAAGUCAUCAGCGGCAUCUAGGGACCCUCCAACACAUGUCUCCUGGCUGCAAAGUGAGCUCGCCUUCUGGGGAGCCUCUGAUGCCACGGGUGGGGUUUUCUCCAGAGGCUUCCAAGAUGGACAGUGAUGACAAUGCUGCUUCUGGGUCUGACAGUAAGAAGAAGAAGAGGUACAGAUCUAGAGACUACACAGUGAACUUAGACGGACAGGUUCUAGAAGGGGGUGUCAAACCUGUCAGGUUAAAAGAGAGAAAAAUCACCUUUGAUCCCAUGACUGGACAAAUUAAACCUCUAACACAAAAGGAUUCUUUGCAGGUAGAUAUCCCUGCCCUUGCUGACCAGCACAGGACAGAACCGGACAAGCCGGAGCAAAAAACCAACCUGCAGAGUCCUUUUGAACAAACGAACUGGAAAGAGUUGUCCAGAAAUGAAAUAAUUCAGUCCUAUUUAAACAGACAGAGUAGUUUGCUUUCCUCAUCAGGCGUACAAACACCAGGAGCUCAUUAUUUCAUGUCUGAAUAUUUAAAGCAGGAAGAAAGCACUAGAAGAGAAGCUAGAAAGACUCAUGUUCUAGUGCCAAACAGUAUAUCCACAGACCUGCCUGGAGUUAGUAGAGAGGUCACAAAUGAUGAUCUCAACAGAAUAAGGCAACUCCAUUGGCCAGGGGUGAAUGGUUGUUAUGAUACACAGGGUAAUUGGUAUGAUUGGACGCAGUGCAUAUCUUUAGAUCCACACGGUGAUGAUGGUAGAUUGAACAUCCUGCCUUAUGUCUGCCUAGACUGAAUAUAAGGUUGCUAAAAUGCUUUCACAUCUGCAGUUAGCAAAUACAGCAGGGCAGACUCCAUGACGCUUAACAUGGAGAGUGCACCUCUUGUCCUGGAAAACAGGCCUGGAAGAGGGUCUCGAGGGGCUGAUCCUUUGUAGCUCUUCUGUCUAAGUUCUUCUUUUGUGAAAUGCUGCUACCAGUUUACUAACAAAAAUAGCAAAGGAAGGGCGUACGAAGGACAAAGAAUUGAGUUCAAAACUCUAUAGCAAACCAGCUAUAAAAAGUGUUAGUCCCCAAAAGGUUCAAAUGAUUUCCAGCACAUGUGAAUGCCGGAAUCUUAUCUACAGGCAGGUACAGAAUACUUGUGGAAGAGUUACCUUAAAAGUACGCAUCUAUUUAUUUGCAUUGAUUUUUUUUUUUAAUUUGGCAGUGAGAUGUCUGUGAGACAGUGUGCAACAGCUGUAGUUUUAUUUGUAUUUGCAUCAUCUCUCUGUUGAGCGAUUGGGUUAUUUUAAGUCACAUGGUGCAGAUUUUUUUCAGACUGCAGCCAUGCACUACUGCAGUUACCCAGUUUCCAACUCCACAUUCCGUAGGCAUCCACAUAUUUUAGUCUGGUUUCAGUUUAAAUCCAGUCUCCAAGAAAUGCUGCAAAAAUUUAGUUUUUUAAAAGUCCCCUUCCUUCCCCCCACCCAGUAGCCAAAUAAUUUUUGUCCUUUUCCCUUUCCUGCAAAUUUCUGGAAAACUUCAACUUUCUAGAGUCCAAAAACGUAACUGCGGGUGCUACUAGUGUGUAACUGUCCUGUGAGGGAAGAGGGAGCCUGUUUUGUAUGCUGGAAAUAUACUUGUUACCAUUCCUUUAGAUAUUGUUUGCCUUACGGAUAUUCAUCAUAAACGCGAUUUGCAAAAACAAAGAGCCUUAGUGAAUGUACAGUGACUAGACUUCUGUGUUCUUCAGAUGCAGAAGGGAGCAACUUUGCUAUUUGGUCCUUUAAGUGGACACAUUGUGAUAUAAAUGUGGAAAUAAAAAAAAUUUGCAC